GAAGUGUGAAUUUCGUCAUGGCGAGCAUCACUUCGGUUCCACCAUUUGACCAUUCCGUCUUUUGACCCUCUACAGCAGCCCCGGCGUCGCGUUACUCCCGUUUCCUCGUCUCUUCUCCCUUCCUUCACCCGCUUCCUGGGUGCUCGGGGACGUGUUGCCCUCCCCUAGCAGAUCUCGGUUUCAUCGACAAUCUUAUGUUAGGUGCAGUGAGUCCAGGUGGGGCUUUUUUAUUGUUGACCGGUCUACUUGCGAGGAUUUCAUAUCUUGAGAGGAGGCCGGUGUGGAGGGGAUUCACGACUGCUACGUUUAGUUCCAAGGUUUCUCGUUCGGAUUCGGAUUUUAGUAUUUGGGAGUGGACAUCAUGAAUGGCGCCAGCUCCUCUGAGGGUGGGCCGACGAAUUUAAUGAAGGAGUCGAAGAAGCCGAAGUAUACUAAGUUUACGCAGCAGGAGCUGCCAGCGUGCAAGCCCUUGCUCACACCAGGAUGGGUGAUGGCAACGUUCAUGGUCGUGGGCAUCAUCUUUAUUCCUAUCGGUGCCGUCACGCUCUUGGCUUCCAACUCAGUAGUUGAGGUUGUUCACAGGUAUGACUUGGAGUGCCUUCCCUCGACUCUUGCGACACAAGCGGAUCGUGUGAGAUAUAUCCAAGACAGUUCAAUUGAUCACUCUUGCACUGUCACUCUUAACAUCCCUAAGAGAAUGGAACCCCCCGUGUAUGUGUACUACGAGCUUACCAAUUUUUACCAGAAUCACCGUCGAUAUGUGAAGAGUAGAAACGAUCAACAGCUUCGAGGUGACAGCGUAUCCAGCCUCGAUGCCUGCAAGCCUCUCGCUACCACACCCGGUGGGCAAACGAUUGUUCCCUGCGGCCUUAUUGCCUGGAGCUUGUUUAACGACACCUUUUUGUUUAAUCCCACUCAGGCAGCGCCUAAUGCAAUUGGAAGCAUCACAGUGGAAAAGACGGGAAUUGCCUGGAAGAGUGAUGUUACUAGCAAGUUCGGAGCUAACGUGAAGCCCCAAAAUUUUCCAAACAAUGACCGGACAGGUGCAUUGGGAUGGAUUGGAGGUGCAGCGUUGGAUCCUAGCAAGCCUCUUAAAGAAGCUGAGGAUUUGAUUGUGUGGAUGAGGACUGCCGCGUUGCCCAACUUCCGCAAGCUAUGGGGGAAAAUCAACCAGCAACUUGAAGCAAACCAAACCAUUACCGUGCGCAUAUCCAAUGUUUACAACACCUACACUUUCAAGGGUAGUAAGAAGUUGGUUUUGUCUACCACAAGCUGGCUAGGUGGGAAGAAUUCUUUCCUGGGAAUCGCAUACUUAACUGUGGGAUUGAUCUGUAUGUUUUUGGCGCUUGUGUUCUUCCUCAUCCACCUCAAGAAUCCACGACCUCUUGGCGAUACAUCAUACCUGUCUUGGAAUAGGAAGAGCGCUGCAAGCAACUCCAGGAGUUAAGCAAUGGACAUGAUGCCUGACGUUGAUUUCCCCUCUGUGAAUUGCGAUUCAGCACCAGAGGGUGGGUUCUCGACUUGCGUUGGAACGAUUCUUCCGAGUUAGCAGUUAUGAGGAUGUAGCUCUAUGACUAAUCUGGACUGGUUAUUUUCAUAACCAAGAUUUUUUUUUUUUUUUUUUUUUUUUUUUUUUUUUAAUUCUAUCGUUGUGUAAACUUUUGAUUUGUAGUAGCUUUCAGCUCGAUGUCCUGCAGGAAUAAUUUGUAGUUCGAAUAUCUUCAGAUAGUUGAGAGGGUUGUUGAGAAAUAGCAGCUUUUGCUGCUACUGGGUUGGUACAUAGUAAUUGACAUCGUUUCAAAGGUUAUGCCAUGGUUUGAAGAAGGUCAUUGUAUUGAAGGUUGCCUUGCUGACGAGCGGCAAUGGAGGGACGGAAGUGAAGAUGAAAUUUCAAUGGACAGGAAUGGAAGUUGCUCUCUUCAUUACACGACAAGGCAAUGUUUCUAGUCUUUAAAACGGAUUUGUAUCUUUAUUUCUAUUUAUCGUUUUAUGUUUUUAUUUUUCCCUUGGAUCUGAACUAUUUUCACAUAUCUACAGCUCUUCAGAUGCCCUCCCUUGAUAUGCGAUCACUAGAUUGAAGUUACGCCGUUUUUCUCAUAAGUCAAUGCUUGAUGGUGCAGUUAGAGUUUUGACGCUGUACCAGCUCCAUUGGACACUAGAAUCUUUUCAGCUGAAGCCUUUCAAUGUGAUCUCAUUCUUAACAAUCCAUCACUAAAAUACCGAUGAGUCCUAGAAGUUAUGGUUCCUGUAAUCACUGCAUAUGCCUAGUGGCAUGUGAUCAAUAGUGUCGCAUUGAAUCACUUUGUUGCACAGCAUUAUUAUCUGAUCAAAUAUCUUGUGUUCACUAUGUAA